AUGGAGAAAUCGAAACGGCCUUCUUCUACUACUGGUAAAUCUACCUGUCAGACAAUUACACUAUCCAAAAGUAAAAGAGAUGGGAAUUGGCAGUCAGCGGCUCUCACUACUACUUGCUUACCGCCCGAUGGUUCUAUCAUUUAUGAUGAAUAUCAAAACAUCUUAACGGGCAACAACAUGAUACCCUGGCCAAGUAUCGCUCACCAUGUCACUCCACGACCUGCGAAACCGAUAUUGAUUCCAUAUCUUCCUACCGAAAUCAUCCACAACAUCAUAUCUCAAGCCGACGAUUUACAAUCAUUGAAGAAUUGGGCUCUUGUUGACUGGGCAUACAAUGAUAUUGCUGAACGAAUACUUUGGUCAAACAUCACUAUAAAUAGCUCCCAAUUCUACGAUCCAGACUACCCCUCAAAUGGACAAGACCCACUCCGAAUUCUUCGCCACGAAAAUGAUGAAAGACCAAAUAACACAGAUUUAGAGUCGACAUGGAAGAAAAUAAGACACGGAGAUCAACGAGUGCCUUCGAUUGUUUCGCGGCUUUCGAUGAUUAAAAACUUUGCUCUCAGAACUGUUUGGGAUGUGGACUCGCGAGAUCUGCCUCAAGGAGGUUCGAGAGAAGAUGGAAGGAUUCGGGGCGUUUUCAGAGAAUUAUUCCCUACGAUGCAGAAUCUCCACACCUUACGAAUCGAUGGCGAGGUUAAUAGAAAAACUUGGUCUCUGAUACUCACAUCACCAUCUCUCCGAGAAUUAAGGAUAUGGCGAACGACGACAGUUGACUCCCAAGCUCUUCUGGAGAGGGAGUAUUCCGCAUAUACCUUGAAUCGGCUCAGCUAUAAAGAGAAGCAAGUGCUAGUAGAAGGUAUGGUUCUAGACUUCCAAGGUUUAUCGAGACUACGAACAUUCGAAAUUGGUUUGCUAUCACCUUUGGAAUCAGCAGCCCUAGGUGCUGAAGUCAGGGAGAGCAAUCUUGAAGUCCUCCACAUUGCUGUGACUCGUGAUAAUCGAUCUUUCGACAAUCAAGGAAUGCACACCUUGGCAAGAUUCUGGGAGAAUCUUGUACCUAGUGAGAUCGAUGACUCUUCACCCAUUGCUCAAGAAACAAAUUAUGGAUUCCCCGCCUCUAUGCGUGAACUGGUUCUCGAAGAUGAUGCCCACAUUUUGAUUGCUCCUCCAAAGAUUGUCCAGCAAUCAUUCCGCAGGUGUCGACAUACUUUGACAAGAUUCUACUUUGACUUUCUAGAUGAACCUUUGAUUGCCUCCGUUCUCGGACAUUCCUCUCCGGAAAACCCCCUAUUCCCUCGCCUAGCCCAUCUUCAUCUACCGUGGGUUGAGUCUGAAAGGCAUGAUUUCGACCACCCCCGUACCAUGAGCAAAUUCAUGAUAGCCUUUAUCGAAUCACACAAACGCACUCUUCAAAGCUUUCAACUUCUUAAUGCAGCUGAAGAUAACCGACUCCUGAAAUAUGAGAACCCAUUGAAUAAAGCGCUUAAGACAUGGAUGACCAUCAAGGAGAUUCGGUUGGACUCGGAGCAUACUGCCGAUCAUUAUAGCAAUGUUCCUAGAGGACAAGAAUGGACUCGUCCUGCAGAUUUUUUAUCUGUGGAUGGUGGAGGAUAUUGGGGUGAUGAUCUUCGACGUGCUAGGCUUGAUCGAUUUGAUCUUACUAACAUUGACGUGGGUUUCAAAUCAUAUCGUGCAUGGCACAACAUCAAAGUUCUGGUCCUGAACCCUCUGUUGCCAUGGAAUUAUGGCCUCCUUCCCGAUCCACAUGAUAAAUCUAGCCCUCGACUCCGGUCAAUAGUCCAAGAUCACUUAUCGGGUAUGAAGCAUCUAGCCGAAUCUGAGUGUGAAAAUAAAGACCUUGCGGAGAGAAUCUCUCGAAAAAUGGGCCCAAAUCUUCGUGUACUUUCAAUUCGCGAAUGCAGAUUCUGGAUUGAGAGAUACGGUGGACCCAUUUGGCAUCUUGGAGAUGCUCUUGCGGAUCGUGAACAAUGUCGACAGAUAAACCAUGUCUUGGAUCAGAGAGACUGGGACUUUUUAUCAGAAAGAUAUACAACGGAUACUCAGGAAGCAGCCAACACAGCCAUGUUCCUCAGGAACGACAUAUAUUCUCCAAUUCAACCACGCACAGAUUCAGUCUCGGGUCGUCCGGUCGCCGCGAACUCCGUUAUCUGCGAUGCCAUGACCGAGUCGGAUUCCGGUUCGGAAGAUGAAGAUGAAGUUAUGAACUCCGGAAGCGAAAAUGAAGAUGAUGAUGAUGGAUUCGAUGAUGCAUCUAUGGCGGCGGAAUCGGAUGAUGAGACGGAAUUUGUGAUUCAUGCCCCGCCUUCCCAUCACAGUGACGCAGAGGUUGAGGUUGACCAUCCCAUGGGUAUGGAUGAAAAUUAA